AUGGACGACGUGGAGCAGUUUUUGUCGGGCUGCGAGGUCGAUGCGGCCACGGCGCAGGAACUGCGGACGAGUUCAAGGGAGGUGCAGCGGCAGGUGCUGAGCUGCGGGUCCUUGAGCGCCUACGUUGCGAGCAAUGCUCGCAACCAGUCCUCCGUGCUCCGCGCCCGUUUGCGCGACGCCCGCGACGCCGCGGCCGCGCCGGCGCCGGCAACGCGACGGGAAAAGUUCCUCGAGAUUGUGCAGGAUCCCAACUGGGUGAAGGUGAGUGGGAUGCCGGGCAACACUGACGUGGACGAUGUCGUGUCCUUCUUCGACGCCAUGGACUUUCCGCCCGACAAGGUCAUCAUGGACCUGGACGGCUCCGGGGCUUCGGCCUUCGUUCGCUUCGCCACGGAAGGGGAGGUGACCGACGCCCUCCGGCGCCUCAAGAGCCAACGGCCCCUGGGCUCUGCCGUGCGUCGUGGACCGGCGGCAACGACGGCGGCGCCGCGGGGGACGCCGUACUGGUCCCCGGAGCCUGAAGCCAAGGAGUUGGAUGCAGUAGAGCAGUUCCUGUUGGACAACCCUGUCGAUGACAACGCAGCCCACCAGCUUCGCACCGCAGCGGUGGAGUUGCAGCAGACGGUGCUGAGCCGCGGCAAUUUGCGUGGUGUGCGCAAUCCCUCCGCUGCGCUGUUGGCGCGGCUGCGUGGCCAGGGGCCACCCCCGGUGGACGCGCGGCCGGAGCCGCCACGCAACGAGGAGGUGGAGGAGUUUCUACGAAGAUAUGGUCAGAGGCCCUGUCUUCAGUGGCUGUGGGAAACUUUAGCGCCAUGGAUGGUGGCGGAAGCCCAGAAGCGUCUCGGCGCGGCUGCAGGUGCUUGUGAUGACUUUGUCGCACGCUUUGUGCGAGAAGAGGCAACAAGAGGAAAGAGAUGGUCAAUGGAAGAGGACACUUCGGACGAGAUGGCCUCGGACACCAUGCGCCGUGCGCGGCGUGACGUGCAGGAGGCCAUCAUGGACAAGGGCCUGGACGGGGCCCUACAGGCGCGUUUGCGCGAACUGAGCCAGCGCAGCCGUUCGAGAUCCCCGCGCCGCGCUGGACAACCGCUGCAGGACGUGGCGGUGGAUUACUUGCUUCGCUACAACGUGGACCAGCAGGGCUGCGACGCCCUGCGCAGAUGUUCGCCACAAGUGCAGGAGAUGGUGCUUGAGAGAGGCUUGGAGGGUGCCUACAACCCAUCGUCCGCCCUUUCUGCACGCAUCAAAGAGAUGAAUCAGAAGGUCCGCGACAUGCCUCGUGGCGCCGGUGGCGCCGGUGGCGCCGGUGGUGCCGGUGGCGCCUCGCGUCGCUCCCCUCGGCGGCGUUCGGCGCCCAUUGGGCAAGCGCCAGAGAGGAAGGGAAAGGCCACGUUGAAGCAGGAGGUCGAGGAGUAUCUUCAAAGAUACAACGUGGACGGCUCUGCCUGCGAUGCCAUGAGAAAAUGCCCCCCGGAAGUGCAGGAGCAGCUAAUGGAACGUGGCUUAGAGGGGGCCCAGAACCCCUCCUCAGCACUUUUGGGGAAGAUCCGGGACAUCAGUCGGAGGUGCGAAUCCCGUUAUGGGAGAACAAGGGGGAAGAAUGUUUUUUUUUGA